CGGUGGGUGAUAAUAGAGUCCCUUGUGUAACCCGCUUGGACUUGAUCAAGCACUUUCAAAAGUGUAUAAAAUGAGUAUCACAUAUGUCUAAAUCAUUUCUUCUUCAUCUAACAUCUAGGAUAACACGUUCUAAUCUUGCAGGGAUUCACAAACAAGCCAUGAGACCGAAGAGAAAGGCAGUUGCAGAUACUGAAGUGAAGGCAAAAAGAGCAAAAGGCGAGACUGACCUCCGAUUUGAUUUGAAAUGGUCAGAAGGUGGUAAACUGCUAAAAAACCUAUGUCCAUUGUUAUACCUUUCGUCAGAAUCAGAAAAGGGGUGUAAUAAAGUGGCAGGGUUCGACAUUGACUGGACGGUAAUCGGUACACGCUCUGGACGCGCAUUUGCAAGUGGUCCCAAAGAUUGGAAAUGGUUGUACGACUGUGUUCCCAGUAAGCUAAAGCAAUUGAAUGAGGAUGGGUAUCGUGUCAUCUUCUUUUCCAAUCAAGCGGGUAUUGAGAAAAAUAAAGUUAACCCUGAUGACUUUAGAAAAAAACUAGAAGAUAUCAUUGCUGAACUGGAUAUCCCUGUAUUUGUAUAUGCAUCUACUGGAAAUAAUCAUUUCCGUAAACCUAGUCCAAAUAUGUGGAAGUAUUUUAUUGAUCACAACAAUGCAGAUGUACAAGUUGAUCUCAGCCAGAGUAUGUAUGUCGGAGAUGCAGCAGGGAGAGAGAAAGGUUGGAAGAAGGACAAAAAGAAAGACUUCUCAUGCAGUGACAGAAUGUUUGCAGCAAAUGUAGGAAUAGAUUUUCAUACACCAGAGGAAUUCUUUCUUGGUGAAGAGCCUGCCCCAUUCAAGUGGCAGUCAUUGGAUCCUGCCAAAUACCUAGAAACAAUCAGCCAAUCAUCUUGCUCAUCAAACAAAUAUCAUGCAAACAAUCAAGAAAUAGCCAUUAUGGUAGGAUGUCCAGCUUCUGGCAAAAGUACCUUUGCAAAGCUCCAUUUUGUUGCAAAUGGCUAUGUUCAUAUAAAUCGGGACACGUUGGGCAAUGCAGCAAAAUGUAUCAAAGCAACCCAAGAUGCACUGAAAGCUGGAAAGAGUGUUGUGAUAGAUAAUACGAAUCCAUCUCCUUUAGUCAGAGCAGAUUAUAUGCAACUUGCCAAAAAGUUUGGAGUACCUGCUAGAUGUUUUGUCAUGUCAACGCCACAGGAGGUAGCCCAUCAUUUGAACUAUGUCCGGCAAAAUCAAACCAAUGGGGAAAUAAGACGUAUCCCAAUGGUUGCGUACCACUCAUUUAAGAAAAACCACAAGAUACCUGAACUUUCCGAAGGAUUCUCUGAGAUUAUUAAUGUGACCUUUGAGCCAAAGUUUACAUCAAAGAAACAUGAAGAACUAUUCAAGCAGUGGACAUCUUCUGAAAGAUAAUGACAGUCUACUCAAGUACUAUUCAAUUCAGCAUCUGAAUGACUGAGCAUAUUCCAGCGCCAGUCAGUGAUCUUACAAGAAUGACACAAGUGAGUGCUGCACCUACAGCAAAACCUGUAUAUCUGAACACAUCUCUAAUUGGAACACCUCUUUGUGAAAUCCCAUAUAUUUUAUUCUGCAAUAGACUUCCAUGUUAAAAACCUCAAGAAGUGAACACCUGUCGAUCCGGACACUGUUGAAUGGAGCCUGUGGCUUUUGGAUUGGACGGGUUUUACUGUACUUGGUGUUUGAACAAAAGUCAUGCACUCACUUAAAGAUCUAUUUGCGCUCA